AUGGACGUCCGAGUCAUGGAGAACAUCCACCUGCUGGUUGUGGUCACGUUAGUCAGUGUACUUCAGAACGCUUUCUUCGCCCUUAAAGUGGAGAAGGAGAGCAGCAGCUCCGCCUUCGAACGAGUGUGCUGCGCCAACCGGAACUGUAUGGACGCUUACUCCACCUUCCUGGCACUCAUGUGGUGUGCAGGUCUCUGUCUCAGCCAAGUUCCAGCUGCGUUCGCCGGCCUGGUGUACCUGGUGGUACGUCACAAGUACUUUGUGGGCUACAUGGGACAGAGUUGUCAAAGCACACCUUGCUUCUUGUUCGGUAAACGCGUGCUCUUUUUCAUGAUGUUGAUGUGCGUGGUGGGAAUCGUCAACUUUCUGCUGUUGCGCUUCUGCGGGAGCGACUACAAUAAAGAACUUCUGGAGACUCUCACCAAAGCUGCGACCGCUCUGCUGCUCAUCCCUUAA